UGAAAAUUGUUUUUUAACAUUUCAAAAUGUUUAAAAUACGUGAUUUUUGUCUUGUAGCUUUUGUAUUUAUUCUUGUUCAACAUGGUUAUGCUUUAUCAGGCACUACAACACCCGCAACUUACAAAUCAAUUGCUUCCCUUCAACGAGAAACGACUUUAAUCGAAGAUUACCUCCUUCAAGUUGAUUUAGCCUUAAAUAAUAUUCGAAGCAAAGUUGCAGGCAUCUUUCUUGUUGAAACUGUAGUUGAGCUUUUAUUACAAAUAUUACGAAUGUUGUUACUAUUGGACGCCAACUUCCGUGGCAUUUCCUCUCAAUUAUCAGGAAAUUAUAAACACUUCUGCGCUGGUACAAUUAUCAACGCCAAUUACGUCUUAACAACAGGACAUUGCGUUUCUGGCCGUACUGCUUCUACGAUUCGUGUAAAAGUUGGUGUAAGUGAUUGGGGCGAUAGUACUACUCUGCUCACUGUUGCUGAAAUCAGACCGCAUUUAAACUAUUCUGAUAGUAACUAUUAUGCGGAUUUAGCGUUGUUGAAAAUGUCGGAUUCUUUGGUUUUUAAUGGCGAUGUUCAAGCUGCAAUUAUGCCACAGAGUUUGAAUCCAACAGAUUUCAAUGCGUUUCAAUCACUAUCUACUCAAGGAGAUAUUUUCUCAUUUGACACGACCCCAACUAUUCCAGCAGGUGGUAAAUUGUUGACGACUCAUUUACAAUUUACUGCUUACUCAACAUGCGCUAUUAGUGGCGUAAGUGAUCCUGAUUAUCAUAUGUGCGCAAAAAGUUCAACUGCAGGAAUCUGUAUCGCCGACGAAGGUGCUCCGGUACUAGUGGAUUUCAACGGUCAGGAAAUAAUCUACGCCAUUACUUUAAAAGCAUCUUUUAAUGAUAACUCAGAUGAUGAAACAUGCGAUGCGAUAAAUCAACCUGUUAUGUUCUUGAAAAUGAGCAGUUUACAUGUGACUUAUUAUCUUGUUUGGCAAACGUAAGCUAUUGAAUUAGUUAAUCCUGUUUUCACUGAUUAUAUAGUGCAUAAACCUUUGUUAUUGUCAAAUAAAGAACGUCAAUCCUUUGUGCAUGUACAUUUAUUUCGUAAUUUUACAUCAGUAAUGUAGGCAACUGUAAGUAUACCAUUCAAAAAUUUAAACAUAACCUCUGCGCCAUGUGAGACGACGUUGUUUGUUUCUUUCAACUGUUUUACAUUAAAUAUCACACGAAAAAUAUUAAUUUUACGGUGAUAAUAGUGAAGAUAAUUAUAACAGUUAAUUAAGAGUGCAACAAUGUUUACAACCAAGUCGUUUAUACGAAAAAACAAAGUCGGAAACUAUGUUAAGAACAUAAGAGAACAUUAUAUACGCGAUGAUAUCUAUUGCGGUGUCCCCACAUGUGAACAUUGUGUAGUUGAUGAUACCACUCUUUCAAAAUCUUUUAAAAACAAAAGCAGUAAAUACAAGUAUGACCAUUUUAUUGUGUUGGAUACAAAUGUUAUCUUAGAUCAGAUGGAUAUUUUGGAAGAAGAUGCUAUUGGAAAUGUGAUUAUCUUGCACACUGUGCUGAAAGAAGUCAAACAUCGAAACCUACCAACUUAUAAAAGACUUAUGAGUGUGAUUGAGAAUCCAACAAGGCAUUUCUUUAUAUUUACUAAUGAUCAUCACCAUGAAACAUACAUUCAACAAGAAAAAGGUGAAAUAGUAAAUGAUUACAAUGACAGAUGUAUAAGACAAGCAUGCAAGUGGUAUAUAAAUCACCUACCUGAUGAGAAAUUUAUUCUUAUAACCGAUGAUGCCGGAAAUCGAAAGAAAGCAAUCACUGAAAAAAUUAAAUCAUGCACAAUUGGAGAUUAUGUGAAGUCACUUAAUCUAGCAGUAUUGGAAGAUAAACUGUCCCGGAAAGAUUUCCACGCUAAAGUUGACGCUGAUGAUUUCUUCCCUCCGCAUUUCUCCACCGAGCAAAUUAUGCAAGGUCUUAAAGAUGGGAAAUAUCUCCAAGGGACGUUUAGAUGUUCUCAAGAUAAUUUCCUUGAAGGAUAUGUCACUGUUGAUGGGUAUGAUGAGCCAAUCAUGCUUCAGGGUAGAAGUGGGUUGAAUCGCUCAGUUGAUGGUGAUGUAGUUGCGAUUGAGCUGCUGAAAAAAGAAGACUGGGUUGCUCCUAGUGAUAUUAUUCUGGAAGACGAGAGUAAUGUUGAAGGCGUUGAGGAAGUUUUGGAAAAAGAAAAGGAGCUGAUGGAUUUAAGUGACAAACAAAAGGUAAAUGUUAAGCCUACUGGUCAAGUUGUAGGAAUUGUCAGGAGAAAAUGGAGACAAUAUUGUGGUAUUCUACAACCAAGUAGUUUAGACGGUGUGUUUCAUUUGUUUGUUCCUGCGGAAAGGAAAAUCCCCAAGAUUAGGAUUGAAACUCGUCAGGCGGAGUUUUUAAAGACGCAGAAAUUGAUUGUGGCCAUUGAUAGUUGGCCAAGACAUUCAAGAUAUCCAAAUGGGCAUUUUGUAAGAGCUUUAGGGAAGAUAGGCGAUCAAAAAACUGAAAAUGAAGUCAUUCUUUUGGAGCAUGAUGUGCCUCACAGUAAGUUUUCUGAAGAGGUACUCAGUUUUCUACCGCAAAUGCCUUGGUCUAUCACCGAAGAUGAUGUAAAAGCUCGUGUUGAUUUGAGAGAUUUGGAUAUUUGUUCAGUUGAUCCUCCAGGUUGUACAGAUAUUGAUGAUGCUUUGCAUUGUCGAGAAAUUGAUGACGGAAAAUUAGAAAUUGGAGUUCAUAUCGCUGACGUAUCGCAUUUUAUUCGGCCUGGUACAGCUUUGGAUUUGGAGGCGGCCUCUAGAGCUACCACUGUAUAUUUGGUUGCCAACCGUAUCGAUAUGGUUCCUGAAUUAUUAAGUUCAAACUUAUGUUCACUCCGCGGAGGGGAAGAGCGUUUCGCUUUCUCGUGCAUUUGGGAGAUGGACCGCAGCGCAAACAUCCUCAAUGUACGUUUCCACAAAAGUAUCAUUAAAUCAAAGAAAGCUAUGACCUACGAAGAGGCGCAGAUUAUCAUCGACGACACAAAACAACAGCAUUCAAUAGCAAAAUCGCUGCGUAACUUAAACAAGUUAGCAAAAAUUAUGAAAAAGCGACGUUUGCUACGUGGUGCAUUAGUUCUGGCCUCUCCGGAAGUCAAAAUUCACAUGGAUUCCGAAACGCAUGAUCCCAUCGACGUAGAAGUUAAAAAACUUUUGGACACUAAUUCAAUGGUUGAAGAAUUCAUGUUGUUGGCUAAUAUUAGCGUAGCUGAGAAGAUUCUAGAAGAUUUUCCUGAUUGCGCCAUGUUGAGAAGACAUCCAACCCCACCGCCGAGUAAUUUUGAGCCUUUGAUUAAGGCAGGAAAACAUUUAGGAUUUGAUAUAAAUGUGGAAUCCGGUAAAAACCUCGCUACAUCUUUGGAUAACGCUGUGUGUCCAACGAAUUUAUACCAAAACACGAUGUUGCGCAUCCUGGCCACGCGUUGUAUGCUGCAAGCUGUUUACUUUGCUAGCGGAAUGUUCCAGAAAGAAGAAUUCUUUCAUUAUGGAUUGGCUGUUCCGCUUUACACUCAUUUUACUUCACCAAUUCGUCGGUACGCUGAUAUUAUUGUACAUCGUUUAUUGGCUGUCUCCGUGGGUGCUGACGCUACUUAUCCAGACUUAUUGGAUAAGCGAAAGUCGAAUGAACUAUGCAAAAAUUUGAAUUAUCGAAAUCGUAUGGCGCAGUAUGCAGGAAGAGCUUCAGUUGCUUUCAAUACCCAUUUGUUCUUUAAAGGAAAAAUUCAGGACGAGGAAGGAUACAUUCUCUAUGUACGUAAAAACGCUUUACAGAUUUUACUGCCAAAAUUCGGGCUUGAAUGUACUCUGUACAUUGCGCAAAAAGGCAUGACGUCCGCUAUUUUCUCUUAUGAUGAAGAAGAACAAACACAAACCAGCGGUGACGUUGUCCUCCAUGCUUUUGAUCCUGUCACAGUCCGUUUGAGCUUGGAUAGCAAAAACAUUCAGCAUGAAAAAUUCGUUCUGCAAUUAGUCAGUCCGUAUGUGGAAGGUUUCAGUGUCGCACCUUUGACAGAAAGCGAAAACAAACACAAAAUCAAAGUCGAGCCCAACGAGCCCAAGAUCCCAGCAAAGAAGUCGAAGAAGAAAUAAAUCAUAGAAUUUUCGUUGCAAAUUUAUUACAAACAUGUUCAAGGGUAACAUUUUACAUUUAUUUACUUAAAAUAUUCAUCUUUUCAAACAGUCCUUUAAAACCAAAGGUCCUGAAGUCGUGUGACUCUAACAGCGAUUUCCAGUUGGUAAUUGUCUUAAUUUUUUCAGAAUAAACUUGUGAAAAUUCGUCCAAA